AUGGCUCAAAUCAUUGUUGUUGGUGGUGGUCUUUCUGGACUUUCUGCCGCUCACACCGUUUUAGAACACGGUGGUAAUGUUCUUGUUCUCGAUAAGAAUUCUUUCUUUGGUGGUAACUCUACCAAAGCUACCUCAGGUAUCAACGGCGCCUUGACCAAAACUCAAAUAGACUCUGCCGCUUUAUUCGAGGAAGAUACAACACGUUCAGCUCGUGAACUUGCUCGUCCUGACAUUAUUAAAGUUCUCACGGGAAAUUCGGCAUCUGCUGUUGAAUGGCUUCAAGAUAAAUUCAAAUUGGAUCUUUCUCUCGUUUCUCGUUUAGGUGGACAUACUCAACCUCGUACACAUCGUGGGAAAGAAAUGUUUCCCGGAAUGACAAUUACGUAUGCUUUGAUGGAACUUCUCGAAGAGAUUGCCGAAAAGCAACCAAAUCGUGCACGAAUCUUAAAGAAAGCUCGUGUAACAAAAUUGAUUAAAGAAGGUGAAGAAGUUAUUGGUGUCGAAUACGAGAAAGAUGGCCAAUCAUUUAAAGAGUAUGGUCCAGUGGUUUUGGCGACCGGCGGUUAUGCAGCAGAUUUCACGGAAAAUUCAUUGCUUAAAAAAUAUCGACCAGACAUAUAUGAUUUACCUACCACAAAUGGAGAUCAUUGUACUGGUGAUGGACAUAAAAUGGUUCUUUCCAUUGGUGGUCAAGCUAUUGAUCUUGAAAAAGUUCAAGUACAUCCAACUGGUCUCGUUGAUCCCAAAGACCCCGAUUCCAAGAUCAAAUUCUUAGCCGCUGAAGCACUACGUGGCGUUGGUGGUUUAUUAUUGAACGGUGAAGGAAAAAGAUUCUGUGAUGAAUUAGGUCAUCGUGAUUACGUCACUGGUGAAAUUUGGAAAACAAAAGGUCCGGUCCGACUUGUACUUAAUAGCAAAGCCUCGAAAGAUAUUGAAUGGCAUUGUAAACAUUACGUUGGACGUGGUUUAAUGAGAAAAUUCAACUCUGGUGAGGAUUUAGCAAGAGAAAUCGGUAUUCCCGUAUCACGAUUAAGAGAAACUUUUGAUGAUUAUAAUGAUAUCGCUACUGGUAAAAAGAAGGAUCCUUAUGGAAAGAAAUUCUUUCAAAAUGCUCCCUUGACAGUUAGUGAUAAUUUCCAUGUUUCUUUAAUGGCUCCAGUCUUGCAUUACACUAUGGGAGGCGUCGAAGUUUCUCCUGAUUCUGAAGUCAAAGAUGUACAAGGAAAAGUUAUCCCAGGGCUUUACGCUUCUGGUGAAAUCGCUGGAGGUGUUCAUGGAGCAAAUCGUCUUGGUGGAUCAUCUUUAUUGGGAUGUGUUGUAUUUGGACGAGUUGCUGGUGAUUCGGCAUCACGUUAUUUGCUCCAAAAUUUGUCCAGCGAAACUGCGAAUCGUCGUCUCGGACAAAUUGCUGGUCAAUUGGCCCCUUAUCAAGCAACUGUUAAUGUUGAUCCUACAAAUCAAAAAGUUCGAUUGGAAAUUUCUUGGGGUCAACAGCAAGGCGUUAGUGCUGCUACCACUCAAGUUCCUUCAACCCCCGCUCCUUCAAGUGAAAAAAAGGAAGCUGCUCCUCCAGUUGAAUUAAAAGAAUAUAAUCUUGAUGAUGUAGCUAAACAUAAUUCCGAAGAAGAUUGUUGGGAUCAUCCAGGUGGUAAGAAAUCAAUUUUACUAUUUGCUGGAAAGGAUGCAAGUGAGGAAUUCAACAUGUUACACGAUAAAGGGGUUGUACAAAAAUAUGCUCCAUAUGUGAAAUCUUAUGCCUCUAGUGUAGCUCAAAAGGAGUAUUUGAAUAAACACUUAACGGAAACUGACCCAGAAGUUUUCGAUAUUAUAGAAAAGGAAAAAAAGCGACAACGCGAGAGUAUAGUGCUUAUUCCAUCAGAGAAUUUUACGUCACGUGCCGUUAUGGAAGCUUUAGGUUCUGUUAUGCAGAACAAGUAUUCGGAAGGGUAUCCAGGUGCAAGAUAUUAUGGUGGAAAUGAAUUCAUUGAUCAGGCAGAGAUUUUGUGUCAAAAACGAGCUUUAGAAGCUUUUAAUUUGAAGGAUUGUGAAUGGGGAGUGAACGUUCAAUCUUUAUCAGGAGCACCGGCUAAUUUAUAUGUGUACAAUGCUAUUUUAAGACCUCAUGAACGGUUGAUGGGAUUGGAUUUGCCACAUGGUGGACAUCUAUCACAUGGAUAUCAAACAGAUACUAAGAAAAUUUCAGCAGUUUCAUCCUAUUUCGAGACCUUACCAUAUCGAUUAAAUGAAAAGACAGGUAUAAUAGAUUACGAUGCUCUCGAGGCUUCAGCGUUGUUAUACCGACCAAAAGUUAUUAUAGCUGGCGCUAGCGCAUAUCCAAGAAAAUAUGAUUAUGCACGAAUGAAAAAGAUCGCAGAAAAAGUAAACUCGUAUUUGAUGGCAGAUAUAGCUCAUAUCAGUGGCUUAAUUUCUGCUGGUGUUCUUCCUUCACCAUUCGAAUUUGCCGAUAUUGUUACAACCACAACACAUAAAUCCCUUAGAGGUCCACGCGGUGCAUUAAUAUUUUAUAGGAAGGGUGUGCGCAAAGUUGAUAAGAAAGGAAAAGAAAUCUUAUAUGAACUUGAAAAUCCGAUCAAUCAAUCUGUAUUUCCUGGUCAUCAGGGUGGGCCACAUAAUCACACUAUCACCGCACUUGCUGUAGCGCUUAAACAAGCCAAAUCUCCACUUUUUAAAGAAUAUCAACAGCAAGUGUUAAUCAACUGUCUCGCAUUUGCCGAAGCUUUCAAGAAAAUGGGAUACAAUUUAGUUUCGGGUGGUACGGAUACACAUUUGUUGCUAGUGGAUUUAAGGUCAAAGAAUAUCGAUGGUGCGCGUGUGGAACGUGUUCUCGAAUUGGCAAAUAUCGCUGCUAAUAAGAAUACCGUACCUGGUGAUAAGAGUGCUUUUGUACCGGGAGGAAUACGAGUCGGUACACCGGCUAUGACAACACGCGGUCUUACUGAAUCUGAUUUUGAAAAGGUUGCAGAAUAUAUUGACCGUUGCGUUAAACUAGCUAUCAAUAUAAAAGAGAAAGUAACAGGAACCAAGCUUCUGGACUUUAAAGCGUAUCUAGGUGAUGGUUCUAACGAGCCACAUAUUAAAGAGUUAAAUGAAGAAGUAGUAGAUUUUUCAAAAAAAUUUCCUACCAUUGGUUUUGAUGAGAGUGAAAUGAAAUAUAAUUAG